GCGAUGCCUAGGUUGAAUAACGAGCUGAGGACGUACCUCCAGAAUUCCUGCUUCCGGCCUUCUCUUUUUGUUGGAAAGCCGUACAGGGAGCUGGUCAGAAAUGUGUACAACCAGAAGCCUGGAGUGCGGAGACCUGUGUUAUUACAGGGCUCUCAGGGCUUUCAAAACUCGCAAUGUUCUCUUUUGUGUCAGCAGAGCGCAAGAGGACAAAGUACUGCCCAGUCAAACAAAGGCCUGUCAAGGACGUCAAAAGUGCUGUUGGUAACAUCGGGAGUUGCGUCCCUUGGAUACCUCGUGGUUCACACCAUGACGUCAUCGAAGCAGCCGGGGAAGGAGUGGCACUUUGUUACAUACAACAAAGUGAAGGAACGUAUAUACGAGCCGUCUGGACAACCGUCUCGAUUGUGUGUCUGUAACAGUACUUUUGUCUCUGUUGACUACUGACAAAGGAUAACGAACGAGAGAGGAAUACGACGAACGAAUACGCUGUAUUCUUCUGCCGAAAGACUCGCAAAGGAUUCGUUUGCUGUACCUCAAGACUCGGAGACACAAAGGACUUGAUAUUGUCACCCGAGCCUCGCUCAAAAAAAUCUACGAGGGCUCCCCCCUUUUUUUCUUCCAAUUGGACUUUUAGUUUAUUUUACAUUCCCGGGACAGAAAGAACAGUUACUAGCAACAAGAGCGUUUGUUGCACACGGACUCGUAGAGAUCUAUUGAAACAGUACUAUUGAAACAGUUCUAUUGAAACAGGACGUGAGAGGGAAUCGACAUUUAUUCCCCAAGAUGACGGUUUCACCACCGCCACCCGCCCCCACCCCCACAACCACCACCACCACCACAACGCUGUCGGCGUUCGCCUACGAGGACAUCCAACUGAACCAGGCCAUGCUCUUCUCCGUGCUCAUGGUCGCCGUCAUCGUGGGCGGCAUGCGCACCACGCGCCGCGCGACUCUGCAGCUGCUCAACUUCUCGGCCGGCGACCUCUGGGGCAAGAUGUGGACCUACUCCCCGCACCGCUACCUCUGGGCCGGCGUGAAGAAGGCGCUGCCGCCGGCGGUGAGGAGCCGCGUGCGGUCCGCGGUCAAGAGGUGCCUGCGAGUGGUGUUAGGCCGGUCGGCGCUGAAGAAGACGACGGCGCGACACAAGCAUAGCCUGAGACACGGCCACGGACACAGCCACGGAGAGCGGAGCAGGCGUCUCAAUAGCACGGUAAGAAGGAGGAAGGGUUGA